GAUUUGGCAUGACCACACCAGCUACCAUUGCAGGCAAACUUUUCCUGAUAUUUUAUGGCCUUAUAGGCUGUGCAGGAACCAUCUUGUUCUUCAACUUGUUCCUGGAACGCUUGAUCACAAUCAUUGCAUAUAUCAUGAAGUCCUGCCAUGAGCGACAGAUAAGACGGAAUGGGACCCUUACUCAAGACAUCCAGCAAGCCUCUGGGAAUGCUGAAGUGGACAGCUUAGCAGGAUGGAAGCCAUCUGUGUAUUAUGUCAUGUUGAUCUUGUGCCUAGCAUCGCUCAUCAUUUCCUGUUGUGCCUCAGCUAUGUACACACCAAUGGAAGGAUGGAGCUACUUUGAGUCUCUUUAUUUUUGUUUUGUGGCCUUCAGUACUAUUGGCUUUGGUGACCUGGUGAGCAGCCAGAAUGCCCAGUAUGAGAGCCAAGGCCUUUACCGAUUUGGCAAUUUCAUCUUCAUACUCAUGGGGGUAUGCUGUAUUUAUUCCUUGUUUAACGUGAUCUCCAUUGUCAUCAAACAGUCCAUAAACUGGAUAUUAAAGAAACUGGAAUGGACAUGCCAUAGAUGCCAGAGAAAACUCUUUCGGUCACGUAGGAAUGUUGUAGUGCCAGGGACUGCGCGGAACCAGCGCAACAUAUCCAUUGAAUCAGAUGGUGUCAUGGAGAGUGAUACAGAUGGGCGCAGAAUGUCUGGUGAGAUGAUCUCCAUGAAAGACCUCUUAGCCUCUAACAAAGUCUCACUAGCCAUCAUGCAGAAACAGUUGUCUGACAGUGCCAAUGGCUUUCCGAGACAGAUGAACAAUGCUCCUAGACAAAACGGAUUUGCUGGUGGUGUAGGCGCUUUAGGGAUUAUGAAUAACAGACUGGCAGAGACGAGUACAGAUAGGUAGACAUCAGCACUGGGAGUGCAUCAAUAAGUUCAGGUUAACUAAGGAUGAAAAGGCAUUCCAGAGAUAGAACGAGCUUUUUAAAAGAAGGAUGCCCAAUAGUGUUGCUGUUGCAUUUUGCAUCAUGGCACCAAUUUACCCAGACUGUUCUGGAGGCAUCAGGUCAUAUGCCUUUACAAGC